AUGAGUAACCCUCUAAUACAACCAGGAGAUAAUCCAGAUAUUACAAAAGAACGACAUGCCGGCACCUUCGAUGUACGUAAAAUGGCGAGCUUUCUCUACGAUGGUGACGAGAAACUGCAGCGACGAGCGGAGAUUCUGACGUUCGUGAAGUCGAAACCCGAGCUGCAGGACCCAACUCCAGUGGAGUUUAUGACUCGCGAGGAACGAAUCGAUAACGCGGCCAGGAAGAUUGUUGCAAUGACGGACAACCUGGAGCAGAUCGACGCGUCGGACUUCUUCGGCGAAGGAAUGUACUUUCAAUCUCUGAUCAUGGGCCGUGACCUACAUCCGCUAUCACUGCACUUUGUGAUGUUCAUUCCGACGCUACAGGGGCAGACAACGGAUGAACAGCUGGAUGAAUGGCUGUCCUUAGCGAUUGCUCGGGGAAUCAUUGGGACCUACGCACAGACCGAACUUGGACACGGAACGAAUUUGAAGAAUCUGGAAACGACAGCCACCUAUGAUCCAAAGACCAAAGAGUUCAUCAUCAACUCACCAACCAUAACCUCAGCCAAAUGGUGGCCAGGUGCGUUAGGAAAAUCCUCGAAUUAUGCUGUAGUUGUGGCUCAGCUGUACACUCAAGGCGUUUGCCGCGGGCCACAUCCGUUUAUAGUACAACUGAGGGAUCUGGAGACUCACAAACCCUUAAAAGGAGUACGAGUUGGCGACAUAGGUCCCAAAUUCGGAUUCAACUCCAGUGACAAUGGAUUCCUACUAUUCGAUAACUACAGGAUACCGCGGAACCACAUGCUUAUGAGGCAUUCAAAGGUUGAAGAGGACGGUACUUUCAUAGCACCCAAGCAUUCCAAGUUAAACUACGGAACGAUGGUAUUCGUCAGAUCGAUAAUGAUCAAAGAUCAGGCUACACAACUCGCUGCAGCCACUUGUAUAGCGAUUCGUUACUCGGCAAUUCGAAGGCAAGGAGAAAUUUCACAAGGAUGUGGAGAAGUGCAAAUCCUCGACUACCAAACCCAACAGUUCCGUCUCCUGCCACAACUCGCACGUGCGUUCGCCUUCAUGUUCGCAGCAUACGAAAUCCGAGAUCUGUACAUGAAGGUAACUGAGCAAUUAACGCAAGGGAACACUGAGCUCCUGCCAGAAAUCCACGCGCUGUCAUCGGGGCUGAAGUCCGUCGUCUCGUGGGAAGCAGCGCAGGGCAUUGAACAGUGCCGACUGGCUUGCGGAGGACAUGGUUACUCUCUAGCUUCUGCUUUUCCAGAAAUUUAUGCCUAUUCAGUCGGUGGCUGUACGUAUGAGGGUGAAAAUAUUGUGAUGCUGCUUCAAGUCGCCAGGUUCCUAAUGAAGGCUGCUGAGGAGGUGCGUGGUGGGAGCGCUCAUCUGGCAGCGAUAUGUGGAUACAUCGGUAAGCCAGAAUCUGUCCGGUCCCGAUUUACUACGUGGGACAACUAUUCGGAUGCGGAUAUCGUGCACGAUUUCGAGCAUGUGGCUAGAAAGCAGGUAUUCCGUGCCUACAAUGCCCUAAAACGACACCAGCGAGAAUCGACACCUGAGGAGGGAUGGAAUCGUGCUUCCAUAGAACUGUGCAAGGCAUCGCGGAUGCAUGUUCGCCUCUACCUCGUGAAGACCUUCCUACAAAAAAUCGCCACCACCUCAGAACCGUCACUCAGAGCUCCGUUGACCGAUCUAGCCACCUUAUACGUAUUCGAUUUGAUAACAGCCAGUCAAGGAGAGUUCACGAAGGGCGGAUUUAUGUCCGACAUUCAAGCGGAUGCUGUUCGAGAAGGAAUUUAUCGAUGUCUGGAACGGUUACGGCCAAAUGCCGUGUCUCUUGUGGACAGUUGGGAUUUCGACGAUGCUGAGCUGCAUUCAGUUCUUGGACGCCGCGACGGAAAUGUCUAUCCGGCUUUACUGGAAUGGGCACAGAAAAGCCAAUUGAACAGAACUGAGGUAUUGCCUACGUUUGAGAAAUACCUCGGGCCAAUGAUGAAGGAUGGCCGAUCAAAGCUGUAG